AUGAACAUGAGUGUAUUACGAAUGAAUGCUUUAGUAGCCAAAAGUAGAGCAAUGGAACGAUUAAAACAAACAUUAAAUAUCUUAUCUGUUCGCAAUCAUAGACAGUUCAACACCAUUCAACAAGGCAGUAAAUAUACCCUUGGGUUCAAGCAAUAUGUAACGUUGUCAAAUGGAGAAGUUGCUUCUUUUUUUCAUGAUGUACCUUUAGCUUUGAAUGAAAGUGAAAAGACUGUAAACAUGAUAGUUGAAGUGCCAAGAUGGACAACUGGGAAAUUUGAAAUCUCCAAAGAACUCAGAUUCAAUCCGAUCAUACAAGAUACGAAAAAUGGUAAGCUUAGAUUUGUAAACAAUAUUUUUCCUUAUCACGGUUAUAUUCACAACUAUGGUGCUAUACCACAAACGUGGGAAGAUCCAACAGUUAAACACGAAUUGGGAAAUGACGCUGUGAGCUUGGAAGGUGACAAUGAUCCUCUUGAUUGCUGCGAAAUCGGCUCUGAUGUUUUGGAGAUGGGUUCCAUAAAAAAGGUCAAGGUAUUAGGGUCAUUGGCUUUGAUUGAUGAUGGAGAAUUGGAUUGGAAGGUCAUAGUAAUCAACGUAAACGAUCCUUUAUCUUCUAAAAUAAACGACAUAGGGAAUGUAGAAAAACAUUUUCCUGGAAUUUUAGAUGCUACUAGAGAGUGGUUCAGGAAGUAUAAAGUUCCGGCAGGGAAACCGUUGAACUCUUUUGCCUUCCAUGAACAAUAUAUCAAUUCCAGCAGCACCAUUCAGAUAAUAAAGGAAUGUCACAAGUCGUGGAGAAAACUCAUAUCGGGAUCAUUAGAUGAUAAGUAUGACAAAUUACCUAGAAUAGAAAGGUCUGGUAAUGGUAUUAUACUUGAAGAUAGUGCCAAACCCCCCUCUCAAGUACCACCGGAGGUGCAAAAAUGGUAUUAUGUCUAA